CCACAGAGAAGUAUAGUGUUUACAGUGUAUGUACGUUAUCUCAAAGAGAGGAAAGGUAAAUAAAAGAAGCAGAGCAAUAUGGGUUCCUCAACAAUGAUGAUAUUUUGGAUGAAAAUAUGUAUAUUUUUGUGUAUACACAUAGGUGAGACGACAGUAUCAGCGAGGUAUCGAUAUCCUGAUAAACCAGAUAUUAACUUUACAAUGGAGAAAAAUCAUACGUGUCCACAUGGGUGCUCCAUAUGUAGUGAUAUGAGAUACAUCUGCACGACCCUGUACGUUACCAGUGUGCCACAGACAUUCCCAGCUUCUAUCCAGUACCUACAACUCACUGAUAUACCAACUGUGCUGGAUAUUCAGAAUGACACAUUCAAACGAUAUACAAAUCUGAAGUAUUUGGAUAUCAGUGGCAAUAACAUCAAGUCAAUCCCAGAGGAGUCACUAGGAGGACUGGAAAAAUUGGAAUAUUUAAAGAUACGUCAAUCUGGGACUAUUAUAUAUAAUUAUUACACUAAAAUGUCCCGUUCAUUAAAAGACAUGGGCCAAAAGGCAUUUUGUGACUUGAAAACUCUCAAAUAUCUUGAGAUGAGAGGAAAUAAUCGAAUGGGCUUGAACAGAAUGAUAUAUAGCCUUAGAGCACUAACGGUCGCAUGUCCAAAUUGUUCGACGGACUACUUAGAUUUAUCAUACACGAACGAUGUUGGUUUUAAACAUGCACAGAUUCAAAGCUACAUGCUGAAAAGGUCAAAAAUGAUUUUCUUCAAAAGGUUGAACGUGAAGGUUUUGAAACUUGAUGGAAAUCACAUCAGCUCAAUAGAACAUGGCUUUGGUACUCUUUUAAGUUCGCUAGAGUAUGUCUCUCUGAGGGCCAAUUACCUCAGUAUAAGCUUUUGGCACGAUGGGAAUAUAUUCUAUGCCGCCAAUCUAUUACUAAUGUAUAACUUGAAAGUAAUGAAUAUUGGUGGCAAUGCGCAUCUGCCAAUGAAGGCUACCAACCCGAUACACAUACUGAGAACUAGAAACUGUCAAUCGCUUCCUAUAGGUAUUGAAGAAUUAUACAUUGACAAUUCAGUUCUUGCCAAAACAUUUCCAUUUUGGGACAGUGGUGUAUGUUUUUCUUUUCCAAACAACCUUAAAGUCAUCGAUUUUUCAGACUCAAUUAUUGGUGGACUUGGAGCUCCAGCGAUCGGAUUGACCAACAUCACAGAUGUGAACCUUCAGAACUCAAGAAUAGAAUUUACAGAUCCAGAAACAUUCAACUGCAGAAACUUGCCAAAACUUAAAACUCUCCUUCUGGGUAAUGUGGACAUGCGACCUAUUUACAGGAAACUAAAUGAAACUGUAUCAACAUUUCGAAAUUGUUCAAAAGUGACAUCUAUUGAUUUAGAAAACACAAAUAACGCAGAUCCACAAGUGAAUACAUUCACUGACAUGGAGAAUGUGCGAUAUAUAAACCUGAGUAACAAUGGCAUUGUUUCUUUGGAUAUCGAUUUACAUAAUAACCUGGCUCUGAAACUGUUGAACGCAUCGUCAAACCUUAUGAGUCAGCUUUCCAAAUCGAUGAUGUCACAAUUGGAUCGUAUUGCUAUGGCCAAACAGGAUCAAUCCAGACUUGUGGUAGACUUGAAUUUCAAUCCUUUGCUUUGUGGGUGCAGUCAAUUAGAGUUCAUAAAAUGGAUGAAAACAACCCAAGUGCAGUUCCAUGAGUAUAAAUCAUAUCGCUGCCUGAGAGACUCCAAAUAUCACCUCCUACACAAGCUAAACAUUGAUGAAACAACAUUCAUUUGUAAGAGGCCUGUUAUAGUGUCUAUUUCGACGUCAAUAGGUGUCAUGAUCGUGCUGGUCACUAUGUGCUGUUUAAUCUACACUAAACGACAUCGUCUGGAGUAUCUAUGUCUACUAAGUAGACAGAUGACAAGGAGAAUCAUACACACCAAGAAACAAUCGGAUGACUACAGGUUAUUCAACUAUCACGGCUUCUUGUCAUAUAGCAGCAAUGAUGAUAUUUCAAUCAUUGUUCAAAUACAGGAAAAAAUGGAGAACGAAUUUGGUCUCUCUCUUGUUAUUCAUCAGCGUGACUUUAUCCCUGGUGAACUCAUUAAUACAAACAUCAUACACUUCAUUGAAGCUAGCCGCAAAGUGAUCAUACUAAUGUCGAACAAUUACUUAGAAAGCAGAUGGAGUAAUUUUGAGUUUGAGCUGUCGAAGAAUAAACGUUUGGAUGCCACCUAUGACACCAUGGUAAUGAUCCUAUUGCACGAUUUGAAGGAUCUAAACAAGGAUAAAAUAUCUUCCAGUUUGAAGAGCUACCUUGGUCAGAAGACGUAUCUUCAAUGGCCGAAAGAUUCUUCCCAGAACCCAGCAUUCUGGUUGAGGCUAAAAGAGGCUCUAGAUUUUGGCGAAGUACAAAAUGACACUCCUGUCGGUGGUGCAAAUCAUGUUGAUUCUCCACAAGGCCAAGUGAUUGAGAAUCGGGUUGAGAGAAAUCCUGCGACAGAGAUAGCCCAAUUUGAUGAUACUGUUGACGAUGACAUGCAACCAUUGCUACAGUUAUAAUCAUGGAAGACGACAAUUUUGAAAUAUUGACAAACAUGCUAUUAUAUUAUAAAAUGUACCUAACAACAAUAGACAUUAUCGGAGGGAAAUGUCUGUUCAAUAUUCAAUAAUUUCAGAACGGUGUAUUGUGUGUAGUCUGAAGGUCAUCUUUACAUUCCUGCAAAAAUCAUCUGAUUAUGCUAUAGUGAAAUAUCUUUUAAUUUAGCGGUGUGAAAUACAUUAUGGUAUUUUUGAUCACAUUAAUCAGUCUGAAUACUAGUACUAGGAUUCCUAUACUUAGUAAAUGUAAAUAGUCUACAUAAGUAUAGCAAAUAUCACAUAAUGUAUAAGCAUAUAACAAAUUGCUAAACAGUGCUUCAACAUGGACAAACUAUACAACAAUGCUAGGAGUAACAAAUAACAUCAAAAAGAUUUGUUCCGAACUUAAUUUAUCUCAAUAAAUUUGAAACACUAGACUAUAUCAAACUGGCUUCAGCCAAAGCAAGACUUUCCAUCCACAUACAAAAUUAACAAAAAGGGAUACUAGACUACUUUACAAGAUUAAUUGCAACCAUUAUACCAGUAUAUCACUUUCAAAGUGAACCCACAACUGAAAUUUAAUUCAAGUGACGUGUCAACCUUACAUUAUCACAAUGUUCACUGAAAGCACAAUAAAGGAGUGGCAAAAGGGUAAAAUGAGGUAAAAAGCAAACAAAAAGACACUUUAACACACAGUUCCGAUGGGGGAGCUAAGGUUGCCAAACUUUUCGAGGGGAGUGUAGGUGUUUAAAACCAAACACAAGAACCUAAUUAAUAUUAUAAUUACGUUUUUUAAAGAUCUGGUGUAAAAUCGUCACACAAAUUACUGGAAUAUAUCGCCAUUUGUAGAAGUAGCAUUUGUCUUGUUCUCAUCUGACAUAAUAAACAAUUCCUUUGUAUAAAGUUCUUGGUAUUUUAUUCAUUAUUCAUUUAUGCAAAUCAUCAUAACAAAGAGUUGCAAUUUAUGAUACUAGUGUUAUUUGAUUUAACAUAGCAUUUCAAACACCAAACCUUUUAUUUUCAAAAUUCAACCGGAAUAAAUAAAACAAUCAUCUUCCAUGAAGUCCUUGAGACCCGCUAAAUACCUCUCCUCCUCAAGGAGAAAUAGAUAUGUGUGAACUGGGGUAAAGACUUGAAGCAAGACUAAUAAAACAUAAUUCCACAGCUUGAGCUAUCUAAAUGUAUUUCAAUUUAGAGGCUAUCACAACUUAUUACCCAUAUAACCCUUCUUCUUGAGUUAAAGUUAAUUAUGUGCAUAUUUGCUAUUUCAUUGAUAAAAGAAAUAUCAUCCUACAUCAACCAAACAUUCUUUUUAACUCAUAUAUUGCCAAAUUGCUGGAGUGAUUCUUUUAAAAUAAAUAAAGCUUCUUUAUACCUAAGAGGAAUAUAUCCUCUCCUUUUAAGAUUUCAGAAAAUCUUCAAUAAUUAUCAAUAAUUAUUAUAGUCUUGUCUGGUUUCAGAUAGUCCAACAAAUAGUUAAUGUCCUAAAUAUAAUGCCAAUAUGGCAGUAAAUCCCAGUGGUUCCCAAAGUAUUUUACAUCAGUUUCAGGCCUUAGAUUUUGGAUCAAUGAUCUGCAAAUACACAGGAUUAAUAGUACAAUACACAAGAUUUAGCCCGAUUUCUUUCCUACAAGAGAAAUUCAAAACUAUACAUCAACUUUUUGUCAUUUUCAGUAAUGCUCUGAAAUGAUGAACAAUACUAAGUACUAGU